UGGGCCGGAAGUCAGUUCUGUCAGUUUCCCUCAGACGACAGUGAGCGGGGCUGUUCCCUCGACACGUCUAUUUGUUUACUUGUUAAGUCUUGAGUUGUUGGGAGACAUGAACAAAAGGUUUAACAUCAACCUGGACGAUUCUGCUUUCACGAAAGAGAGGACACCGCCCAAGCCGCAGUUUCUGUCUUCUUCCAAAGGACAAGUCACCUCGACCUCCUCCUCCUCCUCCUCCUCCUCUGUAUCCCCAGCCAAGCCUGCUCCCGGGUCCGUGGACCAGCCCUGGUCCUAUGCAGAAUAUGUCGUGGCCGCUCAGAGAGAGGCCCCCCUCGAACUGCCCCGGAGCGACGGUGCGGGGGUUACCGGUCUGAAACCGACCGAGUCCGGCUCGGCAUCAUCCGCCACCGGGAGAUGUGAGACCGUUCAGGACAGCGCUGAGGGCACCGACGGUGGACCGGAAGGGGUUCGGAGGAGCGAGGGGACCCGGGUGGUCGGCGCAGACCAGAGAGAGGGAGCCUGUCCGAGGUCAGACGCAGGCCUCGGCCUGGGCCCUAAACCGGUGGGGUCUGGGAGCAGCAUCGUUGUCAGUCCCCGACAGAGAGGGAAUCCCAUUCUGAAGUUCGUGAGGAGUGUCCCGUGGGAGUUCGCAGAGGUUGUACCAGACUACGUGUUGGGACAUACGACAUGUGCUCUCUUCCUCAGUCUGAGGUAUCACAACCUCAACCCAAACUAUAUACACGACCGUUUGAAGCAGCUCGGGCAGACAUUCACCCUACGUGUUUUACUGGUGCAAGUAGACGUGAAGGAUCCUCAUCACGCAUUGAAGGAGCUGGCUCGCAUCUGCAUCAUGGCUGACUGCACUCUCAUCUUGGCUUGGAGUCCAGAGGAGGCAGGGCGUUACCUAGAAACCUAUAAGUCAUACGAAAAGAAACCAGCAGAUUUACUAAAGGAGCAGGUUGAAAAAGACUAUCUGUCAAAGGUUACAGACUGCCUGACCACUGUUAAGUCUGUAAACAAGACCGAUGCCAUCACCUUACUGUCCACUUUUUCGUCUAUAGAAGGAAUCAUCAGUGCAUCUAAGGAAGACCUGGUUCUCUGUCCAGGCCUUGGGCCACAAAAAGCGAGACGACUCCACGAUGUGCUGCACAAGCCCUUCCUCAAGUCAAAGACAAAAGACAGCUGAAGCCUCUGUGACACUGUGUGACAUGCACCGGUCAUCACGUUGAACAGAUUUACAGGAGAACUUCACUGAAAACUACAUACUGAGAAUCAAGGAUCGUUUUAAGUUUUUAAAAUGUGAACUUUUUAUGUGUUUUUUGGAGAUAUGGAAUAAAUUAAAUUUU